AUGAAGGGCGACGGAAGGUGCUUGAAACUCUUUCUUGCAUUUUCGAUCCUUUUCCUACAAAACGUAAAAGGAGGAGAAGUUGGCCACAGCCACAACCACAGCCACAGCCUCAGGGAUGCUAAAGUGACAGUGAGGUGCAUAGAGAGGGAAAGGCAAGCACUACUUGCAUUCAAACGUGGCCUGGUGGAUGACUUCAAUCAACUCUCAUCUUGGGGUUCAGAAGCCGAAAAACAAGAUUGUUGCAGAUGGGAAGGAGUCUACUGUAGCAACCAAACUGGCCAUGUGAUUCAACUUCAUCUUGGAUAUUCUGUCCCUGAAUAUUCUUUCUUUGGAUAUUCUUUCCAAGGUAAGAUGAUUAGUCCUAAACUGAUUGAGUUGCAGCAUUUACAAUAUUUGCACCUUGCAUCCAUUGAUUUCAAUGGGAACCAAAUUCCUGAUUUCAUUGGUUCUCUAACCAAUCUAAGAAACCUCAGUCUCAGUUCCUGUAAUUUGGGUGGUCAAAUUCCAAGUUCGUUUGGAAACCUCACGCAAUUGCAACAUCUCGACCUCAACUAUAAUCAUCAGCUUCAACCAGAAAAUCUCAAUUGGCUCCCUGCUCCUUCUUCUUUAACGUAUUUGGACCUUUCAUUGACUAAGUUCAAUGGGAGCCAAAUUCCAGAUUUCAUUGGUUCUCUAACCAAUCUAAGAAACCUCAGUCUCAGUUCCUGUAAUUUGGUUGGUCGAAUUCUAAGUUCGUUUGGAAACCUCACGCAAUUGCAACAUCUCGACCUCAGCGAUAAUCAGCUUCAACCAGAAAAUCUCAAUUGGCUCCCUGCUCUUUCUUCUUUAACGGAUUUGGACCUUGGCGGAAACUUCGAUGGGAGCCAAUUCCCGAUUUCAUUGCUUCAACCAGAAAAUCUCAAUUGGCUCCCUGCUCUUUCUUCUUUAACGGAUUUGGACCUAAGCGGAAACUUCGAUGGGAGCCAAAUUCCCGAUUUCAUUGGUUCUCUAACCAAUCUAAGGUACCUCAGUCUCUAUUCCUGUAAUUUUGUUGGUCAAAUUCCAAGUUCGUUUGGAAACCUCACGCAAUUGCAACAUCUCGACCUCAGCGAUAAUUAUCAGCUUCAACCAGAAAAUCUCAAUUGGCUCCCUGCUCUUUCUUCUUUAACGCAUUUGGACCUAAGCGGAAACAAUCUCAGUACUGUUUUCGAUUGGCCAGAAGCAGUACUUAAUAAGCUCCCUAAACUAGUAGAGUUGAGAUUGGUGAACUGUAGUCUUCCUCCUCCUCCUACUCCAAUUCUUUCCACUACUCUUUACAAAACAAAUUCUUCUACAUCUCUUGCGUCUGUUUAUCUCUCUGACAACCAUCUCACUUCUUCAAUAUUUCUUUGGUUGUCCAACUACAGUACAAGCCUUGUUAGUCUUGACCUCUCCAACAAUAAUCUAUCUGGUUUCAUUCCCGAUUUCUUUGGAAACAUGAGCUCUCUUGUGGAUCUGGAUCUCUCUCACAACCAUCUCACUUCUUCAAUAUUUCUUUGGUUGUCCCAACUACAUCUGUCUCUCUCCAACAAUAAUCUAACUGGGUUCAUUCCCGAUUUCAUUGGAAACAUGAGCUCUCUUGUGGAUCUGGAUCUCUCUGAUAACCAGAUUGAUGGAGCGAAUCCAAAUUCGUUUGCAAGGUUGUGUAAUUUGGGAACAUUGUUGCUUCAGAGAAAUCAUCUGAGUGGACAAUUAUCCAAGUUUGUUCAACUAUUGCCUAGAUGUGCUCAAAACUCAUUAGGGUAUCUGGACCUCUCUGAGAAUGUUCUUAAGGGGUCAUUAAACAAUCUUACAAGCUUCUCAUCUUUGAAAUCGUUGAAUCUUAGGGCCAAUCAAUUAAGCGGAAAAAUACCUGAAAGUAUUGGGCAAAUGUCGCAACUGGAGGAAUCGAUUUCAGCAAAAACUCUUUGGAAGGGGUGGUUUCAGAAACUCAUUUCUCAAAACUCUCCCGUUUAG